AUGGAAGAACAUAAAUUAGCAUUUGAAAAAAUACACCAAGCUAUCCGAGAAGACGACUUGUGGUUGGCCGCAUGGUGGAUGUCGAAAUUUGUGAAGAAAGGAUACCGACUCACCCACGAACAGCUUGAGCGUCUAGAACUUGAACGGAAGUAUUGUAACAACAACGCUAUAGAUUUGGCGAUGGCCCUGGAUAGACUUGCUGGGAGGAAUGCUGGUUUCGAUUUUGAUGAAUGGUUGAAGAAAGGCACCCCGUUCCAAACCAUCGCCAACGCUAGCUUGAAGAAUUGGCAGAACGGACCCAAGGCUAAGCGACUACAAACGGAGAUUGAUACUUAUUCUUGUGCGGCUGGCUACAUUGAAGCAAUUAUAUCAAUGGGAACAAUCAAUCAAGCGGACAAAUUGAAGGUGGAUAGCGAGUGGGUGGAGGUCAUUGAGAUGGAGGCUAUGGGUGCAACACCAUCAGUGGAAAAUUCUAACUCAUGA